GACCCUUCAUAUUUGUGUUCCAAUCACUCUCUUCCUCUUAAUUAGAUAUCCUUUUACCCGGAGUAACCUCUCCUCCUCUCUCCUGUCCUCUGUUGUUUCCUCCCUUCUCUGUAUCUUCUUUUCUCCUUUCCUCUCCUCUCCUCUCCUCUCCUCUCCUCUCCUCUCCUCUCCAACUGAUUUUCCAAACUUGGUCAUGUUCUUUCCUUCAACAGCCAAACACUUCCGAGAUUUAAACAACAUCCAUCACACACACACACACACACACACACACACACACACACACACACAGACAGACUCGGCUCUGGUCUCUACUCUGUUUCUAUUUUAGCUCGACUCUCUCAGACAGCAGUCAUGGCUCGCUGCAGGAGUUACUUGCGAGGACUCGCCAUUUGUGUCACUGUGUUGCUAAUGGUGUCUGGUGUGGUGAUGAUCGGCGUCGGAUUUUCCUCCACUGAUGGCAACAUACCAGUGGCUCAGUUGUCCAGCAGUGGAGAUGGGUUACUGGUCCUGCAGGUGUUUGGUCCAAUUACAGUGGGUUUAUCUGUUCUGGGCAUCUGUGCUGCAUCGUUGGACCUGAAACCUCUGCUGCUGGUGUUUUCUGCUCUGAUAUUCGUGGAGUUCGUGGCUCUGAUGGUUUUCGCCUCGCCGCUGGUUCAGGUUCAAGCUCAGAUGGACAGUGCUGUGGACAAGGUGUUCCUGAACGUGACUCCCCUCCAUAGAACAGAAGAUUACAUUCAGAAUGAAUUAAAGAAACUCCAGGCCUCAGAUUCUUGUUGUGGUUUGAGGAGUUUUGAAGACUGGGAGAAUCGACUUCCUGUCUCCUGCCUCUGCACGCCUCCCCCUCCCACCUCCAACCUGCAACUGGGCUCUCAGCCCAAUAACUCCAGCUCAGAGGGGCCUUGCGUGAUGGUACACGGUGACCAUUACCCUCUGACCCCACAGGUCACAGAUAAAAUAUGGGUACACUCUGAGCCCUGUGGUCCAAUUCUAAAGAGGUACCUGAGCUUCCCCAUCAAACUCAGGAUAGGAAUCAUUUCAACCUUUGCCACCAUCAUGAUGGCGGCCAUUGCUCUGUGUCUGGCGUUGGGUCUGGAGGAAUACUGGAAGACGCCUCCAGUAGAAACCACAGUGGAUGACUACAACAGAGUGAAAUACCAACCCAAACCCACCCUCACCUGACUCUUGACCUCUGACCCCUCACCCAGAGCUGAGGCAUCAACACAUAAUACUGCUGGUGACAAUUGCAAGAAUUCAAUAAAACCACAUCAUCCAGGUUUUGGAGAAUCUGACAAUGUUUUCAAAACAUCAUAUUUAUAUUUAAUAAACCAGUGACUUACAUCUGUGAUUAUUAUUUGUAACCAUAGGAAGCUUCAGACGAUGGUGUCAGGUUGUUAACACAUAUAUCAUGUUAAACACAAAGAGCACCGCUUCACUCUGGCUUUCUGUCAUCAUAAUAGUAUAGUCAGUCAGAGGUAGACCAGAACAAAAAGGGGGCCCCUUUGGGGAGGACUGGACGUUGAUGCUGUUACACAAGAAGUUCUGUAAUUUGAGAUGAUGAGUCAGUUGGCUCUUGAGGCCCCAACGUUCGUCUGCCGUGCCUCUCCAUUAUUUAACUUAAGCUCCAGAGAUGACGAGUCCUGCAUUAGUAAUCAGGUUUUUAAUUAUAUUUUAAACCGGGAUGGGGUCAAAAACCAGAGUGCCAGUUCUUAUCUCUGCAUUUGAACAGAUGUUUGAAAAUUUUAUCCAGCGGUGAUGUUUAUGUGAUUUCUGAGAGACUCCUCUGAGAGACCUCUUUACUUCUAAGACUACUGGGACAAGAACUUAAAUCUAAAUACAGAGGAACAAGCUGCUGGUUGUGAUAAAAUGUUUGGCUCUUGUAUUUGAAAAGUGCUCCACAGAUAAAGUUUCCUCCUGUUUACCCGAAA